AUGGGCUACACUGUAAAUCCAACAUGCACGGUCUCGACGAAAGCACUGGCAAGUGCGACAUGCGUAGGAAGGCUUUGUCACUUUUACCGCGGGGGAUCAAGAUUUCGAGGCUGUCUUGGGCUGGGUGUUAGUCCACUCUCUUGCAUAGUUAUACCGCAACAACCAAGGUGUUCGAAAACCACCUUGCUAACAUCUAGAAAGAUAGCUAAUGUAGUCACCGAAGUAGUCACAUCUUUCGUAGCUGACACGGUUCUGCCGGUUGUCUAUCUACUGUUAUCUCUAAAUCGAAAAUUCGGAUCAGAAGUUCGCUGUUUUCUCCAAGGGUCCGAAUUUCGAUUAGCAGGGUGGGUAUGGUCCCCUCCAUCAAGCGAGGGAAGAUGGCACACUGGUUCUGGCAGAUGGGCAUAUGAACCUACCCCAGCUACUAAUGGAAGUUGUUCCAUAUGCCAUUUUGAACACAAGGCUUCGUUUGGAGCUGGCUAA